UCUCAAUAAUGAACCCAACCGUGCCAGGAUGAACCUCUCAAUGAACCGAGAAUCUACACGCCGGGCAAUGAUGAGACAGCUAAACCUCGUCCAGGCAACGAAGUCUCUCCUGGGGAAAGAAACACAACUGUGGAAGAAGAAGAAGUGGCUACACGAUCAAGCAUACAUGUACGAGCUCGAGGAGAAAUCGGUUCAGCUAGCUGAGGAAGAAUUUCAAAAAGCACAGGAUAAAGUCACACAUGCCAGGGAACAGUUUGCGCGAAGGAGAGAUGCGAUUGAAGAAGCAAGAGGCAGAGUGCGGAUCAUGGAGGUCGUGGUCAAGCAAGCGAGGGAGAAAUGCCAGAAAAGAGUUCUCGGUGAGGAAUCAGGAGGUGAAGAUUUGGAGAUGGAUGAAAAUCCACAAGUGGAAGAGGCCGAUGCCAAAGAUGCGGAAGAAGACGAGUCGGGUAGUGAAGAGGCAGAGACUGGUUCCUCAGAUGGGGCAUCGAAGUCGGGCACAAUUUAUCCUUCAGAUGGCAGUACCAAUCAACCGAAGAUUACGGACUCAAAUCGGCGACAAACUAGUGUUUUCCAGACUGGAUUUAUGGAAUAG